AUGCAUAUCACCCAGCUGAAUCGGGAAUGCCUUCUACAUCUAUUUUCUUUUCUGGACAAAAACAGUAGGAAAAGUUUAGCAAAAACAUGUCACAAGUUGCUAGAAGUGUUUCAGGAUCCUUUACUGUGGUCUUUGUUGAACUUUCAUUCUCCAGUGGAACUAAAGAAGGAUAAUUUUCUCCUGGGACCUGCUUUAAAAUACUUAUCCAUCUGCUGGUAUUCGGAGAGAGUCAAGGUCUGUAACAUUGAGGACUGGAUGAAAAACAAUUUCCAGAAAGACCUCUGUAACAGGCAUGAAAACACUGUCAAUGAUUUUUUACUAGAAGUUUGCAACAGAUGUCCAAACCUGCUCUCUCUGACCCUCUCUGGAUGUGGCCACGUUACAGACGAUUGUAUCUCACUGCUUCUCAAGAACUGCCCAAAUCUCAAGACACUCAAACUGGAAAACUGUGUGCGGAUCACAGACCAGACCCUGGAAGCAGUGACCCUCUAUGGGGGAUCACUGCAGACGCUCCACGUGGAUUUCUGCCGCAAUAUAACACAAACCGGGCUACAGAGAGUCAGGGAAAAGCGUCCUUCAGUAAUGCUGAGAGCAGAGAGAAGUGCUAACAUGAUUCCAGACCACAAGCCAGCAAAAAAGUUGAUGCUUGAAAAAGCAGCAAGCAAAUUGGUUCAGCUUUAAGAGAAACAAACUGU